GUCCGGAGUACAAUCUCAAAGACCAAAAUGGUACAAUUGGAAACUCAGGGUGAAAUUGGUGCAGGGGUUCAAUCUGAGGGUCUAUUUUGGGGAAUUAGUUAAUCUGUUUGGGGAAAAAGUGAAAAAAAAAAAGGCAAAAGUGGAAAAUGGGUCGCUAUUUUUGUUAAGAAAGCAAUCAGCUUGGAGUUUAGUUGCCAAGUUCAUCAUGAAAUCCUGCAAAUGUGGUUGCUCUUGUUCUCGUUUCUUCACGAUCCUCCGUUCCCCAAAUCAUAGAAAAAUUCUGCCUCAAUCCAAAAGGAAGAAGAAGAGAACGAAAAUCCACAACCCAAUUUCCUCUGUUGUUGAAAAGUUUGCACCAUAAUCUGAAAUGGGUCGUCGGCAAAACGACUCAGGUUUCGGUAAAUUUACCAUUUUGUCCCUCUUCCUGAUGGGUGCAAUCUCCUGCUUGGCGGUAUACCUGUUUCUCACUGUGGUUUUCAGUCCCAACAACACUACUGCAUCUCUUUCUUCAAUGGAGCAUGUUGAUGGGGUUGACGAUUUGCUGAACCAUGAAGAAGGAGGAGAAGAAGAAGAAAGGCCAUGUUGUGAUGGGGUUAAGCAUUUGGAGCUAUGGGGUGAUGCCGUUAAAUGGGGUAGUGAUUUUAGGGUAAAUUCUUCUAAGGAAUGUUGCAUGGCUUGUAAGAGGAUGUGUAGAGGUGAUGGUGGAGCUUGUUUGUGUAAUUCAUGGGUGUUUUGUGGUGAUAGAGAUGCAUGUGGACCUAGAUUUGGUGAGUGUUGGUUAAAAAGACAGAAGGAUGCAUUAAACCCUGAACGACGAGACUUGGGAGAUAAAGUGAUGUGGACUUCUGGUUUAGUCUUUGAUAAGGGAGAGGGAAUUGUUGGUCUGGAAACUGACUACGGAAUUCUACGUAUAAAACUUUUUCCCGACUGUGCUCCCCAAUCUGCCUCCUACAUUCUUGAGUUGUUGGCAUUGCCUCACUGCAUUGGAUGCCAGAUUUAUCGUUCAGAGAGCCGAGGUAGCUUUUGGGAUUCAGAGGGAAACCACAUUAAGAAGGCUUCAUUUGGCCCCCCUUUUGCGCUAAUCCAAGGAACAUUUGAAUCGAUUGGUUCUACAUUCAAGGAUAUCCCAAAAGAGUAUUGUCCGACCAUAAGAAGAGGAUCUGUAGCAUGGGUUGGUUCAGGUCCAGAAUUCUUCAUCAGCCUGGCUAAUCAUAAUGAAUGGAAAAAUGCAUACACUGUCUUCGGUUCCAUACCAUCUGAAGAUAUGGAAAUCUUGGAGAAAAUUGCUCAGCUUCCGACCAAAUCAGAUGUUUGGAAUGGCAUUCAUGUUGCUGUCUUGGAGAAUCCGGUUUCAUUACGGUUCCGGAGAAUUACCACAUAGUGCAGAAACCGUUAGAUUGUUUUUCGUUCCAUUCAUUUAUUCUGAAGGUUUAUUUUAUUCCUGUUUAACUAUAGCUGAUUUUAUAUCAAAUUGAGUUUAUUUCAACUAGUUUGGUAGGUAUCUAUGUGGAUAUUUCUUGAUUCACUAGAGAUGUAGAUAAGCUGAAGAGUUCGUUUUAAAAUUCAGCUCAUUAUAAAAAUUAACAUUCAAUGUUAAACCAAAAUAACUUGUUUUUGAACAUUCGAAUCUCAUUCUAAAUACUUAACACCUAUCAUUACUCACAAACAACACGACAGUAAAGUCAUGUGACAAAUACAAAUUGGAAGCCGAAGUACCAUAUGUUUCUUCAUUCAGCUAUGUUUUUGCGUAGUGAAAGUCUCAAGCAUCCUAUGCAAAAGACACAGUGAUUCACUUAUAUUUUGAGUCUAGAUAAAUAACAAUAAGUACAUCAUAACUUUGCAUCCCUGGUUUGUGAAGAUUGGAAGAUGCAAGACUAACUUACCAUUUGAAUUCUCCUGUUAAUGUAUUUGUAUAGCCAUGUAGCAUAGACCACCACCAAACUAUUCAAACAGAUUACAAAGGAGACGCAAACACCCCCUACGGCAACAAACCAUAUGGCCGGCAUCUUGAAUGUCUUGCAAUUUACCGCAAUCCCAGAAGUCUUGCUUGCUAGAUCAGCGAAAUAAUAUAGCAGCGAAUACAUGAUUAUGGGCAUAAGAACACAUCGUUCUCCAGGACGCUCACGCCAGAACAGGAUCACCCCUAGAAUAAAACACCCAAUGAAGGUGGCCAUAUCUACCAUCUCCGGAAAUAAUGUGAAAAGUGCUUGUACAUAAUUCCGAUCGGUGUCUGAAAUGUUUCCAGCUUGGAAACCCAAUGUGGCAGCUCUCUUCGCGGGUCCCAAGUGAAGACCUUGGGUCAGAGCAGCCC